AUGUCUACAGUAUCUGAGGUCGAUGAGAUUGAGCUUAAUGGAGUCACUAGUAAUGCAGAUGAGAAUUUGUUGGACUCUGAAGAAAAAAAAUGCCAGCCGACGCCAACCCACAAAAGUGUUGACGAGCUCAUUGAUGGCUUAUGGAGAAAGAAGCCAAUCAGCCCGUUUGCGAUGCUUUCUGCUAGCAGUGGAACGGCGUCCAUAUACUCGCUGUGUUUCACGUUCAUGGUUGAAUCCUCGCACGAUAUAUGCCAAGACGGUCUGACAAACAAUGAUUGUGUUGCAAACGCACUCUCCGCCUCGGAUCUCUGGGAUAUCUCCGGUGAUUAUGCGUACCGUCGCGCAAUAAUGCAGGGCGCAUAUUUUAUUGGCCAAUUGUUCAGCUCAUAUAUAUGCGGGAUACUCGCUGACAUAGUUGGUCGCGUUCCGGUUUAUCGCGCUUCCAUCGUCAUCAAUAUAUUAUCAGGGAUUCUAAUGUGCUUUGCUGGCUCAUGGAAAUUUUAUGCCUGGGUCAAGUUCUUCGGCGGAUUAUCCCAUUCCGGACUCUACAGUGUUGGCUCCGUGAUCGGCUUCGAAACGAAUUGCUCGCAGUAUCGUAGGCAUGUGUCAACAUUUGCUAACAUCGCCAGCGCUAUUGGGGGAAUUGUGUUGGCAAUCCUUGCUUAUUUUUUUGUGAACUUUCAUGAUCUUCAUAUCGCAAUUGCAAUAAUCUCCGGCAUUCUCAUUCUAUCAUUUGUGUACACUAUUGAAAGUCCUCGCUGGCUGAUCACGAAAGGGAAGCUCGAUGAAGCUCAAAAAGUGCUAAACGCGAUUGCUCGAAAAAAUGGCACCACUCUUCCGGACGACUGGAGAUCAUUACUGGAGGUUCCAAACACAUCGUCAAAUAGUUCUUCGGCUAUAAUGAUCGAGCCAUUUCGAAACGUGAAAAUCUUAAAGCAAUUUCUUCCCUGCCUCCUUAUGUGGUUCAACACAACUAUGUCCUUUUAUGGAAUUACAAUGAAAAGUGAUAUCGGUGGAGGGUAUCCGUUCUUUACAUUUGGUUUAUUGCACACUGUUGAUAUUAUCGCUCAAUUAUUUUUGCUAUUCUUCAUUGACAAAAUUGGGCGCAAAGUUUUCUACUCGUUCAGCACUAUCAGCUUUGCGCUUCUUCUCUUCAUUAAUUGGUUAACGAAAGAUUAUGUGAGUGUCACCAUUUCAAUCGCGAAUAUUGUUGCGGCAAAAUUUUGCGUCUCGAUUUCAUAUACAAUAUUGUCCACGUUCACAUCAGAAUUAUUUCCAACGUUGAUUCGCAACACGAUUCUAGGCUAUUGUUCGGCUUUUGCUCGCGUAGGGGCGAUUGCUUCAACUUUCUUGGUUGAUAUUAAAGUGAUGGUAUUUAUGUCUUUAAUUUCGGCGAUCCUCACCAGUUGCGCGCUCUACUUUCUUCCUGAAACAUUGGGACAAAAACUACCCGAUUCGGUCUCAGAAACUAAAAACGAAAAUGAUCAAAACGACGCUUAA